CGCUGCCUGCAAAGCCGCCGCCGCCCCGCGACGACCACCGGUACCCCCUGCCCUGCAGCCGCCGCCACCGCCGCCGCCUGUGUCGCCGCCGCCUCGGGACCGGCUGUAUGAUUAGGCCACAAUCUUCAAUGAGUAAACAUAUUCCUCAGUUCUGUGGUGUUCUUGGUCACACAUUUAUGGAGUUUCUGAAGGGCAGUGGAGAUUACUGCCAGGCACAGCACGACCUCUAUGCAGACAAGUGAACUGUAGAAAUUCAUUACUACUCCACCAAGAAGCCCCCAUAAAGAGUGGUUAACCUGGACACAGAAGUGUUGAAUUGAAAUCCACAGAGCAUUUUACAAGAGUUCUGACCUGGAUGGGGUAAACCUCAGUGCACUUCCUUUCUAUUGCCUCAGUAUUACUGGAUUGAAGAAUUGCUGCUUCUUGUUAGGAGGUUCAUUUCAUUUCCCAUUACUCCCAACUUCAUACUCAAAGCACUGAGAAUUUCAAGUGGAGUAUAUUGAAGUAGACUCAGUUUCUUUGCGUCAUUUCUGUAUUCAAUUUUUAAAAUUCUUUCAUAACCCUAUUGAGUGUUUUUAACUAAAUUAACAUGGCUCGAAUGAACCGCCCAGCUCCUGUGGAAGUCACAUACAAGAACAUGAGAUUUCUUAUUACACACAAUCCAACCAAUGCGACCUUAAACAAAUUUAUAGAGGAACUUAAGAAGUAUGGCGUUACAACUAUAGUAAGAGUAUGUGAAGCAACUUAUGACACUACUCUUGUGGAGAAAGAAGGCAUCCAUGUUCUUGAUUGGCCUUUUGAUGAUGGCGCACCACCAUCUAACCAGAUUGUUGAUGACUGGUUAAGUCUUGUAAAAAUUAAGUUUCGUGAAGAACCUGGUUGUUGUAUUGCUGUUCAUUGUGUUGCAGGCCUUGGGAGAGCUCCAGUGCUUGUUGCCCUAGCAUUAAUUGAAGGUGGAAUGAAAUAUGAAGAUGCAGUACAGUUCAUAAGACAAAAGCGGCGUGGAGCUUUUAACAGCAAGCAACUUUUGUAUUUGGAGAAGUAUCGUCCGAAAAUGCGGCUGCGCUUCAAAGACUCCAAUGGUCAUAGAAACAACUGUUGCAUUCAAUAAAAGAUCAGGGGUGCCUGAUGUCAUUUGCCUUGGAAGUGGAAUUUGAAACAGGACCUAAUUUGUCAUACAUAUUAGCAAAUAUGUUGGCUUGGUGAUUAAGUCUAAUGAAGCUUCCAUAGGAGUAUUGGAAAGCAGUUUUAUCAGGCCACAAGUUUGAUGGGAUUGCAGCCUCUGUGUUUGGGUUACAAUCAACCUAUUUGGACACUUUGCAAAAGAUUCUUGCUUUACAGCAUUUAAAAUGUGCUUACCACUUGUACCAAUUGACCUUUCCUGAAAUCAUGCAGUAUUGACUUAUGUCUUUAAAUUUAUUCCCAUGCCAGAAUCUUAUCAAUAUAUAAGAAAUUUAGAAAGAUUAGGUGCCAAAAUAUUCAGCACAAUAUUUGUUGUAUAUUUUUAGUAUCGUACAGAACUAAAAUCCCAGGAACUAUGAACACUCUGGACCUUAUGUGGUUUAUUCCUUCAGUCAUUUCAAACAUAGAAAUUAGGGCCUAUAUGGUUAUUUGCCUGCUCACUUUGUGUUUACAUCUCCCACAUUCAUACCAGUAUACAUCAGGUUUGCUCAACUUCUUUUUCUUUUUCUUUUUUAAACCAAGUCUUACAAUGAUUAUUUCAUGUCUUUCUACAAAUUUCAUUUUGUGCUGUUAUGGAAAACCUCCAUUUUGAAAAUCUACGUUGUACAGAAGCACAUGUCUUUAAUGUCUCCAGACAAAAAAGCCUUACAGUUAAUUUUAAUGUUUGCACUUUGGAGUGCAACUUACAGGGAGGGCCUGAAAAAAGAACGGGAGGGGGCUAUUAUGUAUUUUUAGUAAAAUGUUGCCUUUGUCUUGUGCAGAACAUGUAGAAUAUGCUCUUUUAUUUAGUAAAUAUUUUUUUAAAAGGUAGAGAUGCUUUGUUAUUGUAGCUAAAACAAUUCUUAAUCAUAAAAUUUCUGAAAUUCUUGUAAUUUUUUUUCUUAUCUGAAGUUUAUCAACAUAUUUUUGUUUGAAGUGUGAUUUUUUUUCUUCUCUUCCCAACCUCUCUUGCAAAAAAAAAAAAGUGGGUUUCUGCUAAUGAAUUGAGCAGACAUCUAAUAUUUUAUAUGCCUUUUGAGCUGUGUAACUUAAUAUUUGGAUACUUGAUAAUUUGUUUUAUUAUGUAAUUGAUAAAUGGUGAUGUGUAUUAAUGUUAGUUCAACCAUAUAUUUAUACUGUCUGGGAAUGUGUGGUUGUAGUUCUGUGGGAGACAUAAUUUGUCAGUGUUCACCAGCUUGUAAAAAUCUAGUGCGAGAGCUUAAACAUCUAAAUAAAUAAUGAAAUGCAUUUAUCAUCA